AUGCAGUUAAUAAACGAGGUGCUGUACAAGCACCCCUACAAGGUGGUCCUUGUCUACCUAGAUGACAUCAUUAUCUAUACUGAGACCAUGAACAACCACAUUCCCCUGGUUUGCCAAGUACUGGAAAAACUGGCAGCCAACCUGUAUGUCAAGGGAAGAUUCGUUCCUAAUUACAAGUGUGGAGUCCCAAACUCUUUAGCUGCAGUCAUUGGAGGGCCUGACAUCUGUCUCUACAUGGCAACGAUCCUGUGUAUCUAUAAAGUUCCUCAGGUACAGCCUUUAUCUUUGUGUAAUGAUCCUUGUGAGGCAGGAUACAGCAAGACCAAGAAAGAAGGGGAGCCAUUUUGCUGCUAUGUUUGCUUUCUGUGUCCAGAAGGGAAAAUAUCAAAAGAAAAAGACAUGGAUAACUGCUCUCCAUGUCCAGAGGAUCAAUAUCCAAAUCCUGUCAAAAAUAUGUGCAUUCCAAAGCGGAUCACCUUUUUGUCCUUUGAAGAACCCUUGGGGAUCAGUCUGACUGUUCUUUCUCUUUGCUUUUCUUUAAUGACAACGUUGGUCAUCACAAUCUUCAUGAAACAUAAUGACACUGCCAUAGUCAAAGCCAACAACCGAAAUCUCACCUACAUUCUGUUAGUUUCCCUCCUCCUCUCUUUCUUUUGUGUAUUUCUGUUUAUUGGCAGACCUGGUAAGAUUGUAUGUCUUCUUCGACAAUCGGCUUUUGGCCUCAUCUUUUCUGUGGCGGUUUCAUGUAUAUUGGCCAAAACCUUUGUUGUGGUUCUAGCAUUCAUGGCUACCAAACCUGGUUCCAGAUUGAGGAAAUGGGUGGGGGGGAGAAUAGUCAGUUUCAUUCUUCUGUCCUGUUCCCUUGUUCAAGUAAGUUUUUGUGCUGUGUGGUUGAUAAUAUCCCCACCAUAUCCAGAUUUUGAUAUGAAGUCAAUGUCUGAAGAAGUCAUCAUAGAGUGCAAUGAAGACUCAGGCAUGUUCUACUGUGUUUUGGGCUUUAUGGGUUUUCUUGCUCUCCUUAGCUUCUCUGCUGCUUUUCUAGCUAGGAAUUUACCUGACAGCUUCAAUGAAGCCAAAUUCAUCACCUUCAGCAUGUUGGUCUUCUGCAGUGUUUGGUUGUGUUUUAUUCCAACCUAUCUAAGCACAAGGGGAAAAUAUACCUUGGCUGUGGAGAUCUUCUCCAUGAUCUCCUCCAGUGCUGGCUUAUUGGUUUGCAUCUUUCUUCCCAAGUGUUUUGUCAUUGUGAUGAGACCUGAACUGAACAAUAAACAUCAACUUAUAACAAGGAAGUUUUAG